GAUUUCCAUUCAGUGGACUUUUCAAAUUCGAGAACCGCCAACCAAAAUCCCAACUUUCUUCGCUGUUCUCUCUAUAUAUUAUAAUAAUAUAUUCUUGUUGUUCAUUAUUAUUCGCUGUAUAUAAUAAUAAACCCAUAUUUAAGUGUACCCAUUUGCCUCGUUAGUCAUUAGAUCGGGCUUGUUAUCAUUUUUUUUUCUUCAAAAAAGCUUUUUUUUUUGUGAAUUGGGUUGCCAUGGCUCCGAACGAUCCCAAGCAAGUUGCUACUACUUCUGGUGGUGGGGGUGGCUUUUUUGCUUCUAUUGCUUCCAGUUUGUCCAAUUUUGGCAGUGCUAUGUCCAAAUCUGUAAAUGGUAUGGUGGGCUAUGAGGGGCUGGAGGUUAUUAACCCAGAAGGAGGAACUGAAGAUGCUGAAGAGGAAGCAAAGAAGGGACGAUGGAAAGAAGAGGAGCGAGAUAGUUACUGGAAAAUGAUGCAAAAGUAUGUUGGGUCUGAUAUCACAUCAAUGGUGACACUUCCAGUUAUCAUUUUCGAGCCAAUGACAAUGCUGCAGAGGAUGGCCGAGCUUAUGGAGUACUCUUACCUGUUAGAUAUGGCGGAUAAGACUGAGGAUCCAUACAUGAGACUAGUAUAUGCUUCAUCAUUCUUUAUAUCUGUCUACUAUGCCUAUCAACGAACGUGGAAGCCAUUCAAUCCAAUUCUUGGCGAGACUUAUGAAAUGGCUAACCAUGGUGACAUAUCAUUUAUAGCAGAGCAGGUUAGCCAUCACCCUCCAAUGAGUGCAGGGCAUGCUGAAAAUGAACAUUUCACUUACGACGUGACAUCGAAAUUGAAAACCAAAUUUCUUGGCAACUCAGUUGAUGUAUAUCCUAUUGGAAGAACACGAGUUACCCUCAAAAGAGACGGUGUGGUUCUUGAUUUGGUGCCUCCUCCUACAAAAGUUAGCAACUUGAUUUUUGGGCGAACAUGGAUUGAUUCACCAGGAGAGAUGAUCCUGACAAAUCUGACUACAGGGGACAAAGUGGUUCUGUAUUUUCAACCAUGCGGCUGGUUUGGAGCUGGUAGAUAUGAAGUGGAUGGAUAUGUGUAUAAUUCUUCUGACGAGCCUAAGAUACUGAUGACUGGAAAAUGGAAUGAGGCUAUGAAUUAUCAAGUUUGUGACUCUGAGGGAGAACCACUUCCAGGCACUGAACUGAAAGAGGUUUGGAGAGUUGCUGAUGUCCCCAAGAAGGACAAGUUCCAGUACACAUAUUUUGCACACAAGAUUAACAGCUUUGACACUGCUCCCAAGAAGUUGCUAGCUUCAGAUUCUCGUCUACGUCCUGAUAGAAUGGCCCUUGAGAAGGGUGACCUAUCCACAUCUGGCUAUGAGAAGAGCAGUUUGGAGGAGAGGCAAAGAGCUGAGAAGAGAAACAGAGAGGCCAAGGGCCAUAAGUUCACUCCUAGAUGGUUUGAUUUAACAGAUGAAGUAACUCCUACCCCUUGGGGUGACUUGGAAGUUUACCAAUACAAUGGUAAAUAUACUGAACAUCGUGCUGCUAUUGAAAGUUCUGAGUGCAUUGAGGAACCUGAUAGCAGACCAGACUUCAACCCUUGGCAAUAUGAUAAUUUGGUUGCUGAAUAAUAACCAUCCUUGUGGAAUUCUUUCUAUUUUUUUUUUUCAUGUCACUGUUUAAGUUUGUAAUGUAUCUUGAUUUGAAGGCUUGAAAUUUGGUUUUGUUUCUUUUGGGUUGUCUUGUUAUUUUAGUAUUUGAUUAAUUAAUAUAGCUAUGUUAGUUCAUAUGUCCACUUUUCAUGGAUAAAUGUUAGUAGAGAAAUUGUAGUUAUUUUGCUUGCUC